CAGAGUAUUCGGCGUCCGCGUGGCAAUACCAUGACUGCUGGAAAAUGACAACACGAGGAAUAAGGCGGAAGAAAUCGUCGCUUUCCGAAGUUAAAGUAGCUGUUAUUGGAGCACCAUCUGUUGGAAAAAGUGCCCUUACUGUACGAUUCUUAACAAAGAGAUAUAUUGGAGAAUACGAUCACCAACAAGAAAGUAAAUACAAGCACGAAGCCCUGUUGGACGGUGAACCGAUUCUGUUUGAAAUACUCGACACGUGUCCUAAGAGCACUGAUGAGCUACCGGGCAAUGAUAUAGCGCAGUGGGCAGAUGGUCUGUUUCUCGUGUAUUCAAUAACUGACAGGCAAUCAUUUAAUUAUGUACGAAAGGCGAAACAGCGACUGCAGCCGGACGUACCGCUGACUUUGGUCGGAAAUAAAGCCGAUAUGGUGCAUUUACGACAGGUAAGCCCGGAAGAGGGCGAAAUACUGGCGAAAGAUUUCGAGUGUAGUUUCGCCGAAGUUGCUGCCGCGGAACAAGUGAAUCAAGUUGGUGAAGUCUUCCACGAGCUGUGUCGAGAAGUACUCACGCAUCGUCGGAGAGCUAAGCAUAGCCUGCUGGAUCGGAUGUUGGGCUCGAAAACUGCAUACAGAGUAUACUCCCGAGGGAAAAGCGACAGUGCCUUGCCAAAAGACUAGUAUAACAUACUAAACUAGUGUAUUUUAGUAUUGUCUUUUGUUAAAAUAGCUUUUACACAUUAAGAAAAACACUUUUUGAACGGAUUAAAUCUAUGUAUUAUUAUUAAAAACUUAU